CAUUUUCUGGUGGCUGACUGCUUUGGAAAAUACGUGGUGUGGAGAGAGUUAAGGUGAGUUAAGGUGUGGUGGAGGAAACACCUGUGCUCAGAGGCAGCUCUGUCAAAGUUGGUGGUGGGAGAGAGUGUUGGGACAGCUGUACCAGCACAUCAGGCUGGGGUUUGCUCCACAGUCAGCAGCAUGAGAGAUCAGAUAGACCUGCUGGCCACAGUCACAGUUCUGGGGGUCCUGGAGCAAGCCUAUUUUGCAAUGCAGGUGAUCUACGCCCGUCGGAAGUACAAGAUUUCCCCUCCUGAAACAAAAGGUCACCCUGAGUUUGAGCGGACCUUCAGAGCUCAGGCAAACUGCUCAGAGUACUUCCCAAUCUUCAUUUCCCUCCUCUGGGUUGCUGGAAUCUUCUUCCAUCAAGGUGUGACUGCAGCCUGUGGCCUCUUGUACCUCUACACCCGCCUCAAGUACUUCCAGGGCUAUGCUGUGACUGCCCAGGGACGGUUGGGACCGCUGUACGCCAGUGCCUGGCUGCUCUGGCUGCUGGUGGGGCUGGCACUGGCCGGGCUCCUGGCACACUUCCUGCAGCCAGACUCCUCCACGUGGAUGGCAGCACUGCUGGGGCCUCUCCAGCUCUGUGGUGUCUGGUGA